UCGGGGGGAAAAGACAGCCGGCCUAUAUAAGCAGGCUGCGGGGCGUUCCCUCGCGCUUCGGUCGCCUUGCGGGUGUUGGCUGAGAGUGUCUUCUGCUCGUUGAGACCGCGCGUCCAGAACGAUGGCGGAAGGGGAUAACCGCAGCAGCAACAUGCUGGCUGUGGAGACUGCAGGUCUGGAAGAGCAGCUGCAAGGAUGGGGAGAAGUGAUGCUGAUGGCUGACAGAGUCCUUCGCUGGGAAAGAGCCUGGUUUCCACCUGCCAUCGUGGGUGUGGUUUCCCUGCUGUUCCUGAUUAUCUAUUAUCUCGAUCCAUCUGUGCUGUCCGGUGUUUCCUGCUUUGUUAUGUUUCUGUGCCUGGCUGACUACCUUGUUCCCAUUUUAGCACCAAGGAUUUUUGGUUCUAAUAAAUGGACCACCGAACAACAGCAAAGAUUUCAUGAAAUCUGCAGUAAUCUCGUUAAAACACGACGCAGAGCUGUGGGCUGGUGGAAACGCCUCUUUUCGCUGAAGGAAGAAAAGCCUAAAAUGUACUUCAUGACCAUGAUCAUUUCUCUUGCCGCCGUCGCUUGGGUGGGACAGCAAGUUCACAACCUGCUUCUUACCUACCUGAUUGUGACUUUUGUGCUGUUGCUUCCUGGACUAAAUCAACGCGGAAUCAUCUUGAAGUACAUUGGAAUGGCCAAAAGGGAGAUAAACAAGCUUCUCAAGCAAAAAGAAAAGAAAAACGAAUAACGCGGCUUCAGUUGAGUGCGCCCUGCCCCUGGGAACAGUUGUGCCGCGCUGUCUGGAUACUAAAAUGUUACAGUGGCCCUUUGCUCCCCUCCCUCUGCCCUUGUUAAUAGAUUCACACAGGCCAGGCUUUGUGCUGUGUCUAGCCAGGUGUAGCUGGGUGCAUUCCCAUCAGUAGAACUCGUUUUACUGAAUUUUUGUUGUUUUUGACAACUUCCUUUAAAAUCCUAAGGUGGUGAACUUUGCUCUUUCGUACAGUGAACUGUGAUUUUGGGUAACUGUUGAUACUUGCUUUAGCUGUGUUCAAGGUAGUGGUCUGUGGCUACAGGAAGCUGGUUCUACUGUCUGCUUCCACAGUCUGCUUAACAAGCUGUCUUGUCUUUGUGAGUAAAGAGACCACUUUUGAUGAAGAGACCACUUAAGAUUCAUUCCUGAUUUCCCACAGUGGGAGAAUGCCCAUGGAAUAGGAUAAAAUUGCACACCCUAGUGUAUGAAAUGUAGCAGAUUUAGGAGGCAUUGCCCUUUGUUCAGAUGAGGAAUCUGCCAACUUAGACCGACGUCGUUCCCUUCAUGCAGCUUCAAGUUAGUCCUUGAACAGCUUUUGAACAAUCUUCCAGAAGAGCGUAUUUGGAAAUCUUAGCUCUCUCUUUGUUCUGGAUUUUCAGCUGACUUUAAAUGUCUGUGACUUUACUCCAAGGCCAGCUAGGAAUAUAAAGUCUCCUUUGUUCUCUCAGUAGAAAACUAGAACAUCUAUUACUUUUUAAGCAGAUAAAAAGUCUUUAAAAGUCCGGAAAUCCCCCCCCCCCCCCCAGCCCCUUGCCAUAAUGCUGGCUGUAUUUCAGCGGCUCCAGCUUUACACUUGGAAGUGCUGUCUACACUGGUGUUUGCCUUUUUUUUUUUUUUUUUUUUUUUUUGCGGGGUUGUAGCUGAGACAGACUGCUGACAGGUGACUUUGUGCUGGGUAGCGUUUGUAACUCCUUAAGCUUUAUAGGUAGACUUUUAGAUAGACUUUUCAAGCAGUUGAAAUCUUCAGGACUGAACCUCUGAGGGCCAAAAUAGGACACAUUUGGGAACAACGCUUUAACCCAUGAACUAGCUGUAUCAUAGUUUGUGGAUCCAUUGCACUGAUCUGCGAAGCCUGAACCUUGUGCAUCUGCCUCUGUUUUCUCACCUCCCCAGCACUGUAAACAGUGGCACCUGUUGUAGCAUGUGUUUGUUUGUUUUUAAUGUUUCAUGACACCCACCUUAAUUUUACAUGUUUUCUUGUAAAUAAGCCUGCCUUCCUACCUGGAAUUUUUUUUUGUGUGUGUGUGUGUGAAUAAUAUAUGUUCUACCAAUUAACUACUUUGGCAGUUUUAAUCAUUUCUUCUACUUUGUUUUGUGUAAAAGCGGGAUAAUUAAAAAAAGACCUGGAA